AUGGUCGGGUGGGGUCUCGUUUGGGUGCUCAGUGACCUCUACGAUGACAAGGCCGUUCAUCGCUUCUCUCCGGCCAGGGACUCACGGUUAUGUAUUGCCCAUCUAAUUGCAUCAUUGGGUCUUAACAAUGACCACACAGCUCAUAAGUUCCCCUUGGUGUGUAUCACGGUGUUUCGGAUCACAUCUUCUCGUUCUCGAGUCGAAAGUCCCUUUGGACAAUGGAGGAGCUCUUCUGGUGGCUCGAGCUGCGCGUCUGGAAUGCUUUUCGCAUCCACUCCUGACGAGAUAGAUUACACUCAUAUGUAA